AUGGCCGGUCAGACGCCAACGAAUAUCACCGGCGGCUGCCUCUGCGGCUCGGUCAAGUACACCGUUGCCGGCGGAUUCGGAUUCGGAGUUGUCUGCCACUGCAACAGCUGCCGCAAAUUCACGGGUUCGUCCUUUGGCGCCAACAGCUUAGUAGAGACAAAGAACCUCACCGUCGAAGACCCGGAGAAGAAGAUCAAGGUCUACAAGGCUGGGACGUCCAACUCGGGCAACUCGCUGGAGCGCUCUUUCUGCGGCGCCUGCGGCUCUUCGCUGUUCGUCAUCAGCGAAAAGGAUCCCGGACGGAUCGCCGUCACGUCCGGGACGAUGGAUGACGUGCAGGGCGUGGAGGGGGAUGGCGUCGAGCUGUGGAAGCCAAAAUUGGAGUUCUUCUGUAUUCGCAAGGCGAAGUGGUUGACGACUGCCGAGCUCGACCGCCGGCGACAACCAACGAGGACCAACAAGGACCAACGAGCUGUUGGUUGGAAAGCUUUCAAGUCACACACUUACGGACUCUUCAACCAACUACAAUUCUAUUCUUGGCACUGCCAUCCUACCUUAGACAUACCAUCAGAGAUCAUCAAAAUGACCUCUCAUGAAGAUGGACCAAUCUUCCUCAACCCCAUAAUCCCGGGCUUCAAUCCGGACCCAACAAUCUGCGUAGUUCCGGCAACAGACUCAACCCCGACGACGUAUUUCCUAUCUACUUCCACCUUUGAAUACUUCCCAGGUUGUGCUAUAUACACCUCGACGGAUCUCAUCAACUGGAAGCUCAUCGGGCACGCACUCACCCGCAGAAGCCAGGUCGAGCUGAGAACCGUCGAGCCAGGCGGCGGAAGUUGGGCGAGCACGCUGCGCUAUCGGCCUCAGGAGAAGCGCUGGUAUCUCGCCAACGGGCUCUUUCAGAGAUAUCGACCCACGAAUGAUGAGCGCAUCUUCCCUAGGGGAUUCUAUGUUUGGACAGAUAAUAUCUGGGAUGAAAACUCCUGGUCAGAUCCCGUAUACUUUGACAAUCCCGGAUUUGAUCAAGAUCUCUUCUGGGACGACGACGGAAAGGUCUAUCUCUCAACAACAGUCCGCAUGGGAAAACGAACCCCAGGCCUCAAACUAAAAGACUUUGCCAUUCACAUUUCAGAAAUCGACAUUUCUACAGGUAGGACCCUCACCCCGCCGCAAGUGAUCCGUGAAUCCCCACACGGAAUCGCAGAAGGUUCACACAUCAUCCGCCGAGGAGAGUACUACUACCUCUUUACCGCCGAAGGCGGCACAGAAGCCGGCCACCAAGAGUGGGUUUUCAGAAGCCAGACGGGGCCAUACGGGCCGUGGGAGGGGCAGGGUAAGGCUCUGUGGUAUAACGGGCCCGAGGAGGAGGUGCAAAGGACCGGCCACUGCGAUGUCUUUCAUGAUGGCAAUGACAAUUGGUGGGCCGUGCUACUUGGUGUCAGGCCUGUGAAGGCUGGGGAUAAAUAUCUUGAGCCGCAGAUGGGUCGAGAGACGUUUCUGGUGCAGGUUGACUGGGUGGAUGAUUGGCCCGUCUUCAAUAAGGGUCGCAAUAUCGCACUCCAGACCGUCGGCAGGGAAGCGAUUGAGAAGGCCGCCGUCGCUGAUGCUGACGGAGUCAAGUGGAAGGCAGACCUGUCCAGAUCAUCCCUGGAAAUUGGCUGGUAUCACAAGAAUACGCCUAUCAAGCCCUGCCAUAGCCUGACAGAACGUCCCGGCUACCUGAGGCUCUACGGGAACUGCUUUGAUCUCAAUAGUCCCGAAUCGCCGGCGAUGAUUUUGAGGAAGCAGACUUCAUAUAGCGAGACCUUCAAAGCUACAAUGCUUUUCAAACCCAGUCGGGUAGGGUACGAAUCUGGCAUCACCAUAUGGUGGAGUCAGUACUCCUACGCCACCAUUGGCAUUGGCGCAGUUCAACCACAAGAUGGAGGACCCGCCGUCCCGACAAUCAUCACGAGGGAGCCUACGGGCAAGGUCAACAAUCUCAAGCCGGUAAAGCUGUCCAUCACGGCGAGGUCCUCCGACUAUGAGAUGAGUCUCUCGGUCGAUGGGAUUCCGACGACCAGGAUAUUCAAGUCGGAGGCAUUGACUGUCUUUCCUCCCGUAGGAGGUGCUUUCUGUGGCGUCAUGUACGGGAUUUACUCAUUCGGGCAAAGUGAACCGGUGCUGGAUCCUUCAGAUUUCACGGACAUUGAGAUUCUAGAACUUUGA